UCCGGGCAUGGAGGAGCCUUGAGAGAGGCUUUGCGGGACGCGCUCAGAGAAUGGGACAGGCCGCGACAGAUCACAAGAGAUGGACAGUCAUACUCUUUGGUGGGAUCUUGCUAGGCAUAGAGCUCGCAUUAGGCACUAUGGAAGACAUCUGCAACUGUAGGACAACUACUGAUUUCCAGGAAUUUCAGGCUGCAUUGGCUCCUGAGAUAUGUUGUUUGAAUUUCACUGGAACUAAGAUUGGCUCCUUAAAUUGGAGCCUCUUCAAUGGUUUUACAGGCUUAAGGGAGCUCUACCUAUCACACUGUAGCAUAUCUGAUAUUUUCAAUGCAAGUGAUGAUUCUUCCACACUGGAGAUUCUCUACUUGGACCAUAACAGGCUAAGGUGGCUCCCAGGCAGUUUCCUGAGAAAUGCACCCAGGUUGCGUGUCAUUGAGUUAAAGAGCAACCUACUCCAGGAGCUGCCUGAAUCAUUCCUCAAAGCUUCUAAUCAAAUUCAGGAGAUCCACCUUGACUUCAAUAACUUAUCUUCUCUUCCCUCUGAGAUUAUCAAGCCCUCUCUCCUCACACUAGGCCUUUCCAAUAACAGCUGGGACUGCACUUGUACUUUGCUUGGAGAUCUGGAAAGGUAUCUGUCUGCACCAUUUUAUAGUGAGGUGGUGUGUAGCACCCCCAAGCACUACAGUGGCCUGAACAUCAAAACCAUUCCUAAACAGGCGCUGUGCCAAACUUAUAAACUAACAGCUCUCUUUAUCUGUCUGCCUUUGGUGGCUAUCCUGGCCUUGAUCACCUGGUGCUUUUGCAAACAGAAGAAGGAGACCGCCUAUGAUCUCCGUAGUGGGAAAGAAUGCCGGCUGGCCACAGUGGAGAGCAAUGGUGCCAAAGAGUCGGGGGAACAUGAUUGCUACAUCCCAUGUGAGCUACCUACUGGAGCUGCUGCUGAGAGUGAGAAGAACAUCUUCUUGAGGAACCAAGUCCUCCUGAAACCAUCAACCACACUGUUAGGGAGCAGCAGGGACCUCUAUGAAGAGGUGGAAAUCAAACGGGGGGCUUCUGACGAUUCCUUGGUGCAGACCAAUGAGGGAAGCCUCGACCAAGAGAUACUAAGAUCCAAAAAACUGACGAUUGCAGAGGAGGGCUGCCUGGCGGGUGAGCCUGAAGCUGAGACAGUGAGCGUGACAGACGUCCUGAAGGAUUCUGCAGACCGGGAGAAGUUGUACAUGAACCAUUCGGUGGAUUAUUACAACCUGGUUCCAGGGAUUGAAUUUGAGGACUCAGACCAGAUGGAGUAUGAAAAUGUUGACCUUCGCUGAGGCUGCCACUUGAGUCAGAGCAAAAUGGUUUAAAUGGACAUCAAAAGUAUAUUUUAUCCAGUUGGCUACAAGAAUAAGCCCCU